ACUGCGGACACGGUACAGGAGAUGACCAGAGACUGCGGACAUAGUACAGGAGAUGACCAAAGACUGCGGACACAGUACAGGAGAUGGCCAGAGACUGCGGACAUAGUACAGGAGAUGACCAGAGACUGCAGACAUAGUACAGGAGAUGACCAGAGACCGCGGACAUAGUACAGGAGAUGACCAGAGACUGCAGACAUAGUACAGCAGAUGACCAGAGAUUGCAGACAUAGUACAGGAGAUGACCAGAGACUGCAGACAUAGUACAGGAGAUGACCAGAGACUGCGGACACAGUACAG